GUCAGUCUAAACUAGGCUCCCGUCGUUAUUGGCAUCUUGCGCUGAGUAAUCAGGGUGAUUGAGUCGUUAAGUCAAAAGCGCUGUGACGACCUUUACGUGAAGUUUAAGUAUGAAAUGUGACAAAGACGAAACCUGACGCGAAUUGUAUACGCCCUUGGCGACGGUGGUCGCUCGAAGGGCUUGGCAUCUAAAUGCCGUAGAUGGGGUAAAACGUGGGGCGAUGGUACGACCAAACCUAGCGAGGAAGUGGGAGGUUUUGUGAGGGAAGUUCGUCUUGAAGUGUUUUUGCCCUUAGACAUUGCUGAUUGCAUGCUUUCUGUCAACCCGUACAUCGUAACGUCUGUUUAUUGACUGCGCACGGGUAAUUUACAGUUACUCGGGAUUUCACGGUCGGUAUGCAAAUCGGAAGAUAAGUACAUCAUAUAGGUGUAAUAUCUGAUUUUUGAGGAGAACCUCCAGUAAUUUGCCUUCUACAACAAUGUUUCCAGGUGCUGAAACAUCUGUAAACGUAGCAUAUUUGUACGUAAGUGACCAAAAGGUCAUCAGUAGUUAUCUUCACGGGAUUUAACUAGGUAAAAGGGCACCGGUCAGAUUUCAUUUACGUGCCCUUUACCCGAAUAACGAAGUCUAAUUGACACUAGUUGUUUUUGUUCUUUUCCUGUAUUGAACAAAGUGGUCUUUGAGUACAUAAAGGUGUCGUAUUUCUGGGAAGUAGCCGGUUUUUGGCUGAAUCUGUGUUUUUACGUGGAAUUUGAACCGCUUCAAGUAGCAUAAACUGGGGAAAGCGGAUUAUGCAAUUACGUCGGUGGGUAAAUACCCUGUAAUGGGGAAUAGCUAAACCCUUGUGACGUCAGGGCAUGCCCCCUGUUCAAACAAUGUAGCUUACAAAAGCAGCACAGGGACAACACCCGGCUCCUAACCUAUACCAUCAUCACAGCUCUGAAGUUUUAGCUCAUGUUGCGUCUCACCCCCGCUGAAGUUCUUUGCGACACACUGUCUCAUCGGUGUGCCCUGUCUCGCAGUUCUGCCAAGAUGCCCGGAUCUGUACCUGUGAGCGGGGAGGCCACCUGGCCGAAGAAUGUAGGCAUUAUCGCCCUAGAGGUCUACUUCCCGGCACAGUACGUCGAUCAGGAGGAGCUGGAGCAGUUUGACGGCGUGGCGGCAGGGAAGUACACGGUCGGCCUGGGUCAGGCCCGCAUGGGCUUUUGCUCAGACCGGGAGGACAUCAACUCACUGUGUCUGACGGUGGUGCAGCGGCUGAUGGAGAAGAACUGCCUGUCCUAUAACAGCAUCGGCCACCUGGAGGUCGGCACGGAAACCAUCAUCGACAAGUCCAAGUCGGUGAAGACUGUCCUCAUGCAGCUGUUCGAGGAGUCGGGCAACACGGACGUGGAAGGCGUGGACAGCACCAACGCCUGCUAUGGCGGUACGGCAGCACUUUUCAAUGCCGUCAACUGGGUGGAAUCCAGCUCCUGGGACGGUCGCUACGCUUUGGUGGUGGCGGGAGACAUCGCCGUUUAUGCCACAGGAUCCGCCAGGCCCACGGGGGGCGCGGGGGCAGUGGCUAUGCUAGUGGGCCCCAACGCUCCUCUAGCCUUUGACAGAGGCCUACGCGGGACACACAUGCAGCACGCCUAUGACUUCUACAAGCCGGACAUGGUGUCAGAGUACCCUAUGGUGGAUGGAAAACUGUCCAUCCAGUGCUACCUGAGCGCACUGGACAGGUGCUACACUGUGUACCGCAACAAGAUCCACGCUCAGUGGCAGAAAGAUGGCAUCGAUCGGCGUUUUGAUCUGGAAGACUUCGGCUACAUGAUCUUCCACUCCCCGUACUGCAAGCUGGUCCAGAAGUCGUUGGCCCGCCUGGUGCUGAAUGACUUCCUCAGCGACCCCAGCCCCAACACAGAAAGUGGCAUCUUCAGUGGUCUGGAAGCCUUUAGGGAAGUGAAGCCAGAGGAGACCUACUUCGAUCGGGAUGUGGAGAAGGCCUUCAUGAAGGCCAGUGCGGACAUGUUUGACCGCAAGACCAAGGCCUCGCUCCUCAUUUCCAACCAGAACGGCAACAUGUACACGCCGUCUGUCUAUGGCUGCCUGGCGUCUGUGGUAGCACAACACACGCCCCAGCAGCUGUCUGGUCAGCGCAUCGGCAUCUUCUCCUACGGCUCUGGCUUUGCCGCCACGCUUUACUCUAUCCGGGUGACUCAGGACGCCACGCCUGGAUCCGCCCUGGACAAGCUGGUGGCCAGCUUGUCAGACCUGCGGGCCAGACUGGAUUCCCGCGAGAAAGUGUCGCCGAGCAUGUUUGCUGACAUCAUGAAGCUGAGGGAGGAGACUCACCAUCUGGCAAACUAUACCCCCAAAGGCACUGUGACUGACCUGUUCCCUGGCACGUGGUACCUGACCCACGUCGACGAGAAACACCGCAGGCAGUAUGCUAGACGGUCCUCGGACGAGGACGGGCCCUUGGAAGCCGGGCUGGUCAGCUCCACUGCCACCACAGCAGAGCAUAUCCCCAGUCCAGCUAAGAAGAUGCCUCGGAUACCUGGCAACAGCACCAGUCCUGAAAUGGUCGCCUUUAGCAACGGGGAGCACUGAAUUUACCUCUGUGAGGUACAGAGUUUCAUGGUGGAAAGUGCCCUCAUGCAUUCUGAUCUGUGUUCAGUGUAUAUAUCACUGAACACUGAGAACCACAAGACUUCCCGCUGGUACUCGAUGUGUCCCAGGACCAUUUCAUUACAUGGAACACGGGACAUACUUACAAUGCACAGCUAUACCAGACUACAAUCCCCAGCACGCACCCUGCUGUGAACCUGCAGUGGUCUCUAGAGAAGGCUGCAUACCCUGCUUCAACAUUGUUUGUAUGUUUUUCAAACGGCAUCAUUUGUUGUUAAUCACCUUCAAGCAAACUGACCAAUGACCUCUUGUGGCCGAAUGUGGUAAGUGCACCUGACAAUGCGCACAUAGGACUGUUGCUCAACUCGGAGUCACCAACCGGAAACGAAAGCUUAAGCAAUAUGGCUGUGGAAGCCUCCCUCAUUUCCUUAUAAGGCAGUAAAGUCAUAUUCUUGACAUUCUACAUUACAUUCUAGGCAUGGUGUCAGAAUUUCACUUGUGACUGUAUAGUAGCAGUAUAUUAUCUCCUUGCUAGGUGGUUAGUGCAGGGAAAAGUGAAAGCAUUGAAUAGAAAUGUUAUAUUUACUGGGGUUCUGUAUUUGUAGCAUUCUUGCCAUGAUUUUAUAUUAUUUAUAUAUAUAUAUAUAUAUAUAAGUAGUGUAUAUAUAUAUAAUAUAAGAAUCACACAUUUCCUCCCUUGCAUAUUUUUGGGAUGGGCUUAUAUGUGUCUAUACUUAGCAUAUGGGGAUAAAAUCUAUUUCUAAACGGUGAGCUCAGCUGUUGAGAGAAAAAUGGUAAAUAGUGAGUUGUAAAACGCAAACGCAAAACGUUCAUCUCUAUGUUCAAAAUCGAAAGCUUGGCAAUAGUCAUCCCUCCCCCCCAUUCGUGCAUCAUGAGUAAAUCUAGAUUUGAGCUUUGAUUUGUUUUGGCGUCGAGAUUUUUCCAAGUCUCGACAGGCCACCUUAACGCGGCUGGUCCUCUGGAAAGGUGUACGUGUGGCGUUGCGGAAAGGGCUUCCUGCAGUCUCUGUCCCAUUUAGGGUGGGUGGCUGUGAGCGGGCUGCUUUCCCCCUGUCAUGGUCCCUCACCAUCAUUUGUGCCAAACCAUUAUGGCGGAUGUGGCAGAGGGGUGGGGGCACACUGUGUUACACCCACAUCCAGGUCCCGGUCCAGGCCGGAAUGCCGCUUGACUGUACGCUCUCCAUGGAUGCAUCUGCGUACAGCUGUCCGCCUUCUCGUCAGCCACGCGACCCACACGAGAUUUGGGUCGAGUCGAGUGAAGGGUUAGGUGGCCUGUGUGUCUCUCAGCCUUUAGCCUUAAGUUCCAAGGGCUUCACAGCAGACUGUUCUGUAUAACUGAGGAUGCAUCAGUGACAGAAGUGAUGCAUUUUUCAUUAGCCCCCCCCCCCCCCCCGCCAAGUUUGAUGGUUGACUGUCCAUCGGUUAGCUAACUGGAGUGCCGUAGUUGAAGGCGCCCAAGAGGGUAGAGGUUUCCCUGACCUUGCCAAGUCUUUCUUUCAUGCUGUAAGAAGUGGGGGAGGCUUAGCAGGAAGCACAUCUGUCACUAGGGGGCAGUGCUGGACUCGUUUUUUUUUUGUUUUUUUUAAAUGAAUCAAUAGCCAUUUAUUUUAACCUUCCCAUCCCCCGAAUGCUGACCAAGAGACUCUGAACUAUAACUGCUAUGAGCAACAGGGCAGACGAAUUGCCUCAGAUGGUCAGUCGGCAUGCCGCUGAACUUUCAAGAAGCCUUACUGCAAGCAUGUACUAAAGGUAUUAAAGUAAAUAAAUAAAUAUAUGGUGUUAAUGUACAGAUUUUUUAAUUUUGUAGCUAAGCAGAUUUACCUCCUAAGGUUAUAUCUUGAAAAGGCUUAUGUUUACAAAUAGAUUCUCUCAAGUCAGAUCAAUUUUGGCAAGUCAUGUACAGUACUGACAGUAAAACUAUUUAUAUAUGUAGAGUACAUUGGUAUCUGAUUUCAUUUUUUCCCCAAGAAUUUUAGGGAAAAAAGCAGAUGCAUAAAAUAUGAACUGAAAAAUAAACAUGUUCCUUUAAA